UGUAGUUCUGUAUACGAGGAAGGAAAGUUUUGCGAGACCUUCCACUUGAAUGCUGCUGGGUGGAGAUGCUGUGAAUCUUGUGGAAAGUAUAUAAUUCUUUCUGCAGCAAAUACAUUGUGGAUGUAUAGUUUCAUUCCAUAUGUUCGUACUAUUAGAUGCGGGAGGAAUUCAAUGUUUGACAUGUGCGAAAAAGAGUUACAUAUUGACCCCAAAUCCGGCGUGGCCGCCACCUUCGCACUUUCUUCCUUCAGUUCCCGAAAGAAUGAAAGAUCUUUCUUUGAAAACUUGGAACCCAAUAGCAGGCUCAGGUCCAGUACCAUGGCACCACUCUCCCAGUUUGUCCAGCAGUUAUCAGCAGCUUCACCUCAGAUAAACCAAGAGUACUCCUAUGAAAAAUUUGUUAAUGGAAAGUUGAGACCUGGUCCUUCUCAAACAUUUUGGAGUGAAAGUACAGGACUCAAUAUGAAGGAGCAACCUUAUCCCCCUGUAAAUGAUGUCAAACCAGUUUUUCCAAAGAUGGACUUAUCUUCGACUCUGAAUAUGGCCAUGGCUUCUUCUUCAAAGAUUGAAGCAGAUGAUGUCCAGCUUACUUCUAUUCUUUCAGAACCCCGGGCCAUUUCAACUCCCAUGGGCAAACAGCUCUGCAAUCACACUCCAAUGGGUUCAUGUUGUGAACCUCAAAUAUCUAAUGGACAGGCCCAAGGAGACCGAAAUCAGUUGCAUGUUCGGAACCGUCCUCAAUUAACUGAUACUGAGCUUCGAAAAAUUUCAAGGCAGUAUCCUAUGCAUCUUCUUAGGUCGAAUUCAGUUGUUAUUCCGUUGUUCGAGAAAAUGUUAAGUGCUAGCGAUGCUGGGCGGAUUGGGCGCUUGAUCCUGCCAAAAAGGUGUGCAGAGGCGUUUUUUCCGUGCAUAUCACAGGCAGAAGGAACUCCUCUAAAAAUACAAGAUAUGAACGGAAAGGAAUGGGUAUUACAAUUUCGUUUCUGGUCCAAUAAUCACAGCAGAAUGUAUGUUCUGGAAGGAAUUACGCCUUGCAUACAGUCUAUGCAACUGAGUGCUGGUGAUGUAGUGACAUUUAGUUGGCUGGAGCCUGACGGGAAGUUGGUCAUAGGUGGCAGAAAAGUUUCAGCUAUUCAGUCUUCAGAUCAGGUAGAUGGAGUCACUAUUGUUGGUGCGGAUGCUUCAAAUUCCCGUGAGGAUAGUGCUGGGAAUAAGUUUGGAGAUGCUAUUUCCAUAAACAGCCACCUUGAAGAGAAAAUUGUUGAGGAUAAACCCCUCAUUCCUAGUAAGAGGAAGAAUAGCAGCUUCCGUGCUAAAAGUAAGCGCUGUAAGAUUGAAACACUGGAUUUGAUAGAACUGAAGCUCACUUGGAAAGAAGCUCAAGGGUUAAUGCGCCCUCCUGCAAAUAUUGUUCCCUCAGUUGUUGUUGUGGAAGGGUGUGAGUUCGAAGAAUUCGAGGAAGCUGGUCCUGUUAUUGGGAGGCCUACUAUUCCAGGGGAAGAUCAUGCUGGUUUAAAAACUCAGUGGGUUCAGUGUGAAGACUGCUUUAAGUGGCGUAAAGUGCCCGCAGAUGCUUUUCUUCCUUCAAAAUGGAUCUGUGCAGAUAAUGUGUGGGACCCUGACAGAUCACAUUGUUCUUCUGCUCAGGAGUUGACAAAUGAACUACUCGAGCAUAUGCUAUCCACAGCAAACAAAGAUUCUUCUGGAAAAGAUGAAAUCAUCACCGAAAGCGGCACAAAUCUGCCGGCUUCAGAGCAAGGACUUCAUGCACUGGCUAAUGUAGCCAUAAACGAGGAAAAUACCACAAAACACCCACGUCACAAACCCGGGUGCUUGUGCAUCGUUUGCCUUCAACCUCCGAGUGGAAAACGCUCCAAACACGCCCAAUCCUGUGAGUGCAUUAUCUGUGGCUACUUGAAGCGCCGUUUUAAAACACUAAUGGAGAAACGUGAGAGAAAACAACAACUGGAGAAAGAAGAAGCCGAAACAUCAAACUUACUUGAAAAGGUACCUCACAAUCUUGAUCCCAAUAUCCUAAAUCAUGGUGAGGUGAGCAAAAGGGGUAAUUAUGGCGUUGGGAAGUGUGGUACAAAACAACUGGAGAAAGAAGAUGAAAUAUCAAUCCAAAACUUAUUUGAAAAAGAAGAUGACAAUCUUGAUUACCCUUUCCCAAAUCAUGGUGAGAUGGGCAAUGGGGGUAAUUUUGAUGAACCCAGUGUUGGCAAAGGUCAAAUAGACCUUAAUAUACAGCCGGACAAAGAGGAGGAAUUAUCGCCUGGUAUGGGCUCGGGUGGACCCAUGAAAUGCCCUCUGUCUGGAAGCAAACGCAGAUUCAUACUCUUUCAGUAAGGUACUCUGUUAUAGAGUCCUAGCUUGGAAGAUGGCAGAUUCGAAAUUUUGUUUAGCUAUCAUCUGCUUUGCCUUUGGUACAUCUGUAAAAGCUGUAUAUAUAUUAGGUGAAGGUAGGAAUUUCAUGGCGGCGCAAAACUAGUUGAACCAAUUCUUUUUCUGCACGGUAAUUGGUCGAAUGCAUCAUGUUUUGGGGUUUGAAGAACUGCGUAAGAUAUUGCCUGGUAUGUAAUUUUACUCUGUUUCAACUGAGCUUAUUUUACUUUGGUAAUAUAAAGAAGCUAUGAUUCUUUGCUUGGUUUGGCUAGUGAUGCUGGCUACCCAUGUGUACUUUGAGAAAUGACUUGGAAUUAGGAGUUAAGUGUUUAUUCACCCAUAUAUAAUCGAACCGAACGAAUGGAGGUUGGGCAUUUCGAG